ACGUGUUAAUACCAACGCACUGGAUCCGAAGUGGACUUUUCUCACCCAAUUCUCAAAGGCACUGACAUUGUGACAUUGCCGUAAAGCCCUCCCAAAUGGGCACUUCGCUUAGUUCGGAUCAGUCCUCUUCCGGUGCUUUUCGUUUUUCUUGGCGGGAAUUUGGUGAAGCCAAUCCUCUCCCUUCUCUGUUGCAGGGUUUUUCUACUCCGAACUGAAUCUGUGCUUUGAUUACAAGGGUUCAUUUGUGAAGCAGUUGACAUGCCGGAGUUGAACUGGAAGCACCACACUCUCAUACAAGCUCUACUGUCACGGGGUCCUCUGAAGGAGGAGGAAUUCCAUUCCAUCUUUAGGAGCCUCACCGGGAAAAGCCCAGGUAGCCAUCGGCAGAUAUUGAAUGAUUAUUUACUUAGAAUAAAUAAGGAGCUUGCUUAUGUGCAGUUUGAGUUACGGGGCUGCCGUAACCAAUAUGAUGGAAUGGUUUAUUAUGGCGUGGUCAAUAACGUAGCUGAUGAACAGUCCAAGCUCGGGACAAAAUAUUCAGUUCCUCAGAUUGCAUUCUAUAAGGCUAUUGUUGAGGCAAUCGUGCACGAGGAAACUGGUCAGGGUACCAUAUCAAAUCUUGCAGCUCUUAAUCUCCGUUUGGAGAAUCAGGUUCAGACUGGGUCACAAUCACAGGGUGGUCUACCCCACAUCCCUCCUGCACUUAAGAACUUCUCAAUGUCUCAAAAGGAGAAAACAAUUGAUGAGCUUGUGCGAGACCAGUGGCUUUGCUCUACCCCAGAUGGUAUUAUCGGGCUUGGUAUAAGAUCCUUCCUUGAUCUUAGGUUCUGGUUCCGCAAUAAUGACAUUCCUUCAUGUGACAUUUGCAAUGAGGCUGGAGUAAAGGCUGAGUUGUGCCAAAAUGGAAGCUGUACCAUUCGAAUUCAUAGAUACUGUAUAAGGAAGAAAUUCUCUCAGAAAAGGGCUGAAAGAGUUUGUCCAGGAUGUGGUGCUGCAUGGAAGAAUCUGGUGUCUAAUGUGGAUGGAGUGGAGGAGGUUCAUGAGGAGAUUGGACYAACUCAAAGUGAACCAUCUUCUUCAGGACCUUCAAUGCAAAAGAGGCUAAGAAGCUGCAAAAGAGAAGAGACAGAUACUGUUGGAGCAGGCCUUUCUCAAACUACCUCAUGUGCCACUGAUAUGAGGAGGACAACUCGAAGUUCUUCCCGUCAAAGGUGAUUGCACUUUGUAAACUUUGCACUUUUUGGCCUGUGGUUGUACCACUGUUGGGAUUAGAUUGGAGGGGAGAAGGAACUACGUUUGAUCACCACUUCGCACGUUGGAGCCUCCAUGAUGGCUUUUUAUAUUUAUAGUAUAAUUGCAGUUUAUGUUAUUGGGCUAAGAUAUCUCUUAAUUUUUUUGUCGUUUAAAUGUUGACGUCGGUUACUGCAUUUUAUUAUUAACGACAUUUUGGCCUAGAAUAUCCGCUCUCAGUACAAGAGAAAAACUUGUAAUGGCAUAUAGCUGUAAAUAAGGAAUUAGAGUUGGGCGGAAAAUCUCCAUUGAAAGAGCCAGUUGUUGGAAUCUUAUCAUAAGAAACCCCGUCAUUGAAUGCAAGGUUCAGAAUAUCGCAACGUAUGGUACGUAUUGGCUGAUACGUAUCGUUCCGACAAGAAUUUGAUAUGCGGAAUGUAUGUAAAUUAUUUGUUUUGUUUUU